UGUCGUGUCGGCUUCCGUUGUAGACAGCAAGCUAAUCGUCUGUCUUUGGAAAGAUGUCGGGCAACAAUGUGGGUGAGAAAGUUGACGCUAAUACAGUAAAUAGCAAAAACAUUUCUCUUCCUAUGUCACGAGUAAAAUUGAUCAUGAAGAGUUCUCCAGACGUUUCCAGCAUUAAUCAAGAUGCUCUUUUCUUAACUACGAAAGCAACGGAACUUUUUGUUCAACAUUUGGCGCAAUGUUCCUUUAAAAAAGGCGCGGGAAGAGAGAAAAACACUUUGGCGUAUAGUGAUCUUGCCCAUGUUGCAGAGGAGACGGAGACGUUUCAGUUUCUCACUGAUAUCUUGCCAAAAAAGAUUCUGGCAAGAGACUACCUGAGGUCCUUAGAGGAGAGGGGAGAAGAUGGGGAUGAUUAGCUCUGAGGAUGCAGACUAUGCAAGAACAGGGUGUCCUGUAGCUUUGCCUGGACCUCCACACUCCAGUUGUCUUCAUGGUCCACAUGCAAUGUAACCCAAGGUUUCAUGUCAGUUCAACCAGAAAGCUCCUAAACAGGAUUUGUCAGCUGUUAGACAAAUCGUGAGACCUCCUCAGGGUAACCUGUUCUCUUCUGCCAUGCCUUUGAUGACUGCACAGGUCUUUUCGUUCAGUCAAUUACAUUUUAUUUGUCAGUUGACUAGGUCAGUGAACCAGUUUCAGGGGUAGAUUCAACCACAGAAUCAAUAUAUUGUAACGCAGGAGGCAAAGUCAACUAAGUUUGGUUCCAUUGUGCCGUUGUGGUAAGGGAAAAAAUGUAUUUCUAACCGCCUCUAUGACCAAACAUGACCCAGGUGAUAGAUCCCAGUCACACACGUGCUGCCAAAGAACAUAAAUGCCCUCACCAUGGGCCUAUCAACUUCCGUGUACAUUUUAUUUUCUGUAAUUUGUUAACUCACAGCUUCAAAAUGCAUAUCUAUAGUCCCUGAGUGUUUCUGUAGUCAGUCUGCCGGCGCAUUUACAUGAGCUUAAAAUGGAGGACAAUGUAGCAACCAGUUCAGUUUUGCACUAAAUGUGGAAUUGAACCACUCAGGUAAAUGUUUUUUUUUUUUUUUAAAGUAGGCAACCACUCACUUUUAGGGAGUAACAUUUUUCACAUUCCUGGUCAAUGGGGUUCUGAAGGUACAGAUGACAACUGUUACUAACACCGAUAGACUCCAGGGUAUGAUGGCAGUUGU